AUGAAGUCAUUCGCUGUUGCUAUGGCCAUGCUGGCCGCCACUGGAAUGGUCUCCGCCGCUGGCGUCUCUGCCUCGGAUUGCGCUCAAAUGUGCAUCUCCAACAUGAAGGCCAAGGCCUCCGAGCUUGGAUGUACCUCCGGUGACUUGGACUGCCUGUGCAAGUCCCAGGACUACUCCUACGGUAUCCGUGAUUGCACCAAGCAGGCUUGCCCCGAUGACGAUGCCUCUACUGUUCUCUCCAUGGCUUUGGAGAGCUGCCCUAGUACGCAAUUCUAUCUAUUGAAAAGCAUAGACCAUGUGGCUAACAAUAAAUCCGCAGGCUCUUCCACUGGCUCCAGCACUGGAUCUGGCUCUGGCGCCACAACUGGCUCUGGCAAGAGCUCUACUGGUACCAUGACUGGUACCAUGACCGGCUCUUCCACUACGGCUUACACCACUAUCACCACCAGCGUCUCCGGUGAGCUCACCACUGAGACCAAGCCCAUCAGCACUGGCACCAAGACCGGCAACGCUGCCGAGUCCACUACUAUCACCACCUCGGUCUCCGGUACCCUGACCACUGAGACCAAGGCUGUCACUGACUCCAUCACCACCGGUUCCACCAUGAUCACCACCACCGUCUCUGGCACCCUGACCACCGAGACCAGCGCCGUCACUGGUACCGAGACUUCCACCGGCUCUGGCUCUGGCUCCGGAUCUGAGUCCACCAGCGGUUCUGACUCUGCCCCGUCUACCAGCUCCGGCGCUGCUCACCCCAUGGCCACUGUCGGUACCGGUGCUUUCGGUGUUCUCGGUCUGGCUGCUAUGAUGGUCCUGUAA